AUGUCUUCAGAAAUAGAUGGUGACCUUGACAGGCUCAUGUGGGAGCUCACGAAUGACCCACUUGAAGCAGAGAUUCAAGCAGAAAUAGAUGAAGAGAUUGAAGAAGAGAUUGAAGCAAGCAUCCAAGUUGAUCUAGCUACUGCCUCCAACCAGCCAACAAAGAAAAAGUAUAUAGAUCGAAAUAGAGAAGAUGCAAACAAGCGGUUAGAAGCUGACUACUUCUGCAGCAACCCGGUGUAUACCGAUGCUCAAUUUCAGAGGAGAUUCAUGAUGCGAAUGCAUAUAUUUCUGCGCAUCGUACAGAUCCUUGGUGAGUGGUCUCCAUAUUUUCGUCAACGUCGAGAUGCCUUCGGGAAGAAAGGUUUUUCACCACUACUUAAGUGCACAGCUGCUAUGCGCAUGUUGGCUUAUGGUAGUCCUGCUGAUCUAUUAGAUGAGGGUCUGCGAAUUGCAGAAAGUACUGUCAUUGAGUGCUUGACCUUAUUUGUGAAAGGCAUUAGAGAGAAUUUUGGUGCACAUUAUCUUAGAAGACCCACUGAAGAUGACAUUAGAAGGUUGCUACAAAUAGGUGAAGCACGUGGGUUCCCUGGCAUGCUAGGUAGUGUUGAUUGCAUGCAUUGGCAAUGGAAAAAUUGCCCAGUAGCUUGGAAAGGGCAGUAUACUCGUGGUGAUCAUAAGGUCCCAACAAUCAUGCUCGAAGCUGUUGCCUCGCAUGAUAUGUGGAUAUGGCAUGCAUUUUUUGGUGUGCCUGGUUCAAACAAUGACAUUAAUGUCUUGAAUCAGUCACCAUUAUUCACAAACAUAUUACAAGGAAGCGCUCCGCCAUCCCAGUUCACAGUGAAUGGCAAUCAAUACAAUAUGGGGUACUACCUAGCCGAUGGUAUAUAUCCUGAGUGGGCUGCUUUUGUCAAAACAAUUCCAUUGCCUUACAGCGCGAAGCAUAAAUUGUUUGCAACAAAGCAAGAAGCUGCAAGAAAAGAUGUUGAGAGGGCAUUCGGAGUUUUACAGGCUAGAUUUGCAAUAUUACGAGGCCCUGCUCGCUUUUGGAAUGAAGACACACUGACAGACAUCAUGUAUGCAUGUAUUAUACUCCACAACAUGAUAGUUGAAGAUGAAAGGGAUUCCUACCAGGUUCGAUUUAAUGACAACGAGCCUUAUGACAUAAGGGCAGAAAAUGAGCACUAUGAGCAGGGAACUUCUUAG